AUGGGAUGGUGUGUUCUAUCAGCUCGAGGAGCUCGUAGGCCUAGGAGGGUGUUUGCGGGUGUUGAGAUGAUGCUAUGGAGGAUAAUUACAGUGACAAAGGAGCUUUCGGAGAGUAGUGACACCGACGGUCUUCCGCAACGCAAUCGAAUGUUAAGAAGGUUGUACGCCAGCGGUGGAGGGUCGAAAGAGACACUGACGCGAGAAGGCCGUAGUCAAGGCCUGUCUGUAGUCACGGUCAGCGGGUGGAAUAGAUGCCGUUUGGGAAGCGAGGCCGCUUGUUGUAGCUAUGUUGGGGAGGGAAUUGUUCAAUAUUAA